ACCUCACCAGCGUCUUUAUGUCAUCUUGAGUUGGUGGGAAAAGCCCCUCCUCUCUUUAUCCAAACCUGCAUAUAAACCAUCAAGUCUUCACUCAGCAUCAUACACUCCACUCAAGAUUGUAUCCAUCGUCGAACUUACACUUUAUUUGUGAUGCGCCAAACAGGCUCUCCAAACAUUUAGGAAAUGUCUUACUUUAGUUUAAACCUAAGCAACGCAAGCUUUGAGAUGGAAGCGACGGCAGAUCAACCACGCGACGAGCACCUGGCGCGUAUAGAAAUCGCGCUGCUCAGCGUCAUAUUUCUAUGCGCGCUCACGCUGAACUUCGGUCUGCUGCUUGUGCUCUGGAGGAGGAGGCGACACGCGUCUCGAAUGCGCGUGUUUGUAACGCAUCUUUGUCUGGCGGACCUGGUGGUCGUCUUCUUCCAGGUCUGUUCCCAACUAAUGUGGAAGUUAACGGACCGUUUUCUCGGUCCCGACCUGCUGUGCCGCUCGGUCAAGUACUUUCAGGUCGUGGGCAUGUUCGCGUCCACGUACAUGAUAGUGGUGAUGACCGUGGACCGGUACCAGGCGGUGUGCAACCCAAUGGUGACUUUCCAGAGGAGACGAGCGCACUUGAACUUCCCCGUGUGCGUCGCGUGGGCCGUGUCUUUUAUUUUAAGCAUCCCGCAGAUAUUUAUUUUCUCCCGGGUUCAGAUCGCACCGGGUGUCUACGACUGCUGGGCAGAGUUCAUUCAGCCAUGGGGACUCAAAGCUUACGUGACGUGGACGACGCUGGUCAUAUUUGUGCUGCCCAUAAUAACAGUCAUGCUGUGCCAGGUGCGCAUAUGCCGCGCGCUCCAGACCAAUGUGCACAUGAAGACCCAGCAACAUGGCCAGCUUUCUUCCAGAGCCAGCAACGUGCUGUCCGUGUCCAAGUCUCGAAUUAAGACGGUGAAGAUGACGGUGGUGAUCGUGAUGACUUACACCGUGUGCUGGGCUCCGUUUUUUACGGUGCAGCUUUGGUCUGUGUGGGACGCGUGCGCUCCCACUGAAAAUGGGACCUUUACUAUCCUCAUGUUACUUGCAAGCUUAAACAGCAUUGCCAAUCCAUGUAUCUACCUGAUUUUCACUGUGAAGUUCCCCAAACUGUUGGGGGUUCUCCUGUGCAUGGAGCACACCGAUGUGAAGGAGUCGCUGCCUGAGGAAACCACGGUGGUCAGCUCUCUGUACGGUGAAAAGAAACAUUGGGGUACCAUGUAAAUAUUGUAGUAAUAGAGCAAUAAUUCAGUUCUACUGUAUAAUAUCACCAUAAUAAUUUCUAUGUAAAUAAAGAAAAUAUUAUAUUAAAGCACCAAAUAACUUUGAAGGUUCAUGAUUCUUUGUAAAUAGAAACUCUUGUUUCAUCAGUUGCUUUCAUCUCCCUUAAACAGUUCAUGUUAUUUAGUUGUUUCUUUUAUUGAAACCAAGCAGAUGUGGUGUCCAGAUCACAAUAGAGGAUGUACAGUAAAUACUCAUUGAGAUACUGUAGUAAUGUCAGUUGUUAAUAUUGAGACAAAAGUUAAAAUGACAGUAUUGCUGUAAAUAUGUCGCUGUUCUGUGUGUUAUCAAUAAAGUGCUUUAAAGCUUCAUUUG